UUCUUUCAAUUCAUCUAGCACAGACACGGAUUCGUCUCCUAGAUUUAUCACCUCAAAAGCUUGGUUCAAUUUUUGCCUGCUGCAGUAUCUCAGCGACAAUGAGUGACACUGAGAAAGUCUCAGUAGAGGCCGGCGCGUCGCAUCACAGUGAUGAUGACAAAGUUCGCACCGAAGGUCACGCUUCGCAGAAUCUGCCCCCGGACCCAGAUGCUCAUUUGAGCCCAGAAGAGCGUGCGCAAAUUGAUCAUAAGCUACUCCGGCGGCUUGACUGGACCCUCAUUCCUUGGCUCUGCAUUCUUUACUUACUCGCAUUUCUGGACCGUACCAAUAUUGGGAACGCUAAGAUCGCCCAUCUGGAUAAGGACCUCGGAUUGACGACUUCGAGUUAUAAUGCAACUUUGACCAUAUUUUUCGUAUCUUAUGCAGUCUUUGAGCCACUGACCAAUAUCUUGCUCAAAAAGUUACGACCUUCGAUCUUUAUUCCCAUUAUCAUGUUUCUGUGGGGAUGCUGCAUGCUCGGCAUGGGAUUCGUGUAUAACUGGUCGGGUUUGAUGGCUGCUCGUUGGUUUCUAGGCCUCACCGAGGCUGGUCUGUUCCCGGGUAUCAACUACUACCUCUCAUGCUGGUACAAGCGUUCCGAAUUCGGAGUACGAGCUGCUAUCUUCUUCUCUGCUGCCGCGAUAUCUGGAUCAUUUGGUGGCCUUCUUGCCGCAGCUAUCGAAAAGAUGGAAGGCAUUGGCGGUAAACCAGGCUGGGCGUGGAUCUUCAUCCUUGAAGGCCUUCUUACAAUCAUCUUUGGUGUAGCCUCGUUCUGGAUGGUACAUGACUUUCCCGAUGAGGCACGAUUCCUGACCGAUGAAGACCGUGCACGUGUUGUGCGUCGUCUCAAGCUAGAUCAGCAGGCAUCGGCCGAGCAUGAAGAGUUUCAGAUGACCUAUCUCUGGCAAGGCCUAAAAGACUGGAAAAUGUGGUUGGGAAUGGUCAUCUAUAUGGGCUGCGAUAUGCCCUUAUAUGCGUUCUCCCUUUUCCUGCCCAGUAUCGUAUCUGAGCUAGGAUGGAACAGCAGUAUUAUUCAGUCGCAGCUCAUGAGUGUUCCUCCUUAUGUAGCUGCUGCACUUCUCACAGUCGCCAUUGGCUUCGUAGCAGAUCGAACGCGCCAGCGAGGCCUCUGUAAUAUCAUCGUCAGCUGUUUCGGUAUCGCCGGUUUUGCUAUGCUGAUCGGCGCCAACUCCGCAAAAGUCAAAUACGCAGGCACCUUUCUUGGAGCUCUCGGUAUUUACCCGUGUAUCUCUAACACUAUCACAUGGAUGGCGAACAACACUGAGGGAGUCUACAAACGAGGAGUAGUGCUGGGUUUCGUCAUUGGGUGGGGUAACCUCAAUGGAGUGGUUAGCAGCAAUAUCUACUUCAAAGGACCACAAUACUACGCAGGUCACGGUGUCGUUUUGGCCUACUUGUCCAUAUUCCUCCUAGGCGGCAGCAUACUUAUGACGACUCUGCUACGAAUCGAGAACAAGAAGCGGCAGCAAGGCAAGCGUGACUACCUCAUCGAGGGCAAAUCACACCAAGAGAUCGAGGCGCUUGGUGAUCAACGUCCGGACUUCUACUACACAACUUAAGAGCGCAUGUCGUGCGUGGGAUAAAUGAUUAACUGGGGUGGCUGUGA